GCUAUCACUGACUGGUCGUCGAUUGGGAGGGACCCGACACCAAGAACACUGCCCACUCCCGACCCUUUAUCUGGCUACCUCGGUCCCUCGAGGCAUAAUAUCAGAGAGCGGGCGCCGCACUCACAGUCUACAGCUACAUUCGCCAUGCCGUCGUCUAACGGCGACUCUCCGCAUUCGGCGACCGCCACCAUGACAACGGCUGCCGGUGCCGCCGGUGUCGCCAGGCAGUUCCCGCUACCCAACCGGGAUUUCUCGAUCGAGAUUCCCUCGCCCCAGCUGGCCGCCGGUGCCAAUGGCGCGAACACGUUGAAGUCGCCAAACUCACUCAAGUCGGCUCGGACCCCAAGCUUCAGUCGGGAGGGCAUCCUCGGUUCAGCCCAAAAGGCGCGGAAUCUAUCACAGCCGUCCGACAACCGGCCCGAGAGCAUUGCCAACGGCAUCCCGAAAUCUACGAGCGAGGAAAGCAUCAAUCCGCUGAAGAGGAGAAACACAGACGCCGCAGUGGACUAUCCGAGGCGGAGAGCCACCAUUGCCUGCGAAGUCUGCCGCUCGAGAAAGUCGCGCUGCGACGGCACGAAACCCAAGUGCAAGCUGUGUACCGAGCUAGGCGCCGAGUGCAUCUACCGAGAGCCCGGCAUCAAGCUGGACGCCGGAGACAAGCUCAUCCUAGAGCGCCUCAACAGGAUCGAGAACCUGCUCCAGAUGAACCUGGUCGGCCACGCCAACGGGAUGAGCCUGUCGCACGAUUCUCCCAACAUGAGCAACGGCACCGGCUUGAGCGGCGAUAACUUGAUGAUGCCAAAUCCAAGCAAUUUCGUCUCUGUCAUUCCCAGCGGCGGCCUCGGGACUUGGUCUGCGACGGCCACCAACAUCUCGACGAUGCCCAAAGUUCACACCAACGCGGCUCUGCACCUGCUGCAGUGGCCGCUGAUCCGAGACCUGGUGUCGCGGCCCUAUGACCCCCAGAUCCUGCUCCAGCUCGAGAUGGCCCGCGAACCGCUGCACUCGCUCGCCAAGACUCCCUGCGUCGACUUGUCCAACACGAGUGCUUACAUCGAGGCCUACUUUGACCGGGUCAACGUCUGGUAUGCCUGCGUCAACCCCUACACAUGGCGCAGCCACUACAGGAGUGCGCUUUCCAACGGCUUCAGAGAAGGCCCCGAAAGCUGCAUCGUGCUGCUCGUUUUAGCGCUCGGGCAGGCGAGCUUGCGCGGAAGCAUAUCGCGGAUCGUGCCCCACGAGGAUCCGCCAGGACUUCAAUAUUUCACGGCCGCCUGGUCAUUGCUGCCAGGCAUGAUGACCUCCAACAGCGUGCUUGCGGCGCAGUGCCACCUGCUUGCCGCCGCGUACCUGUUCUACCUGGUGAGGCCCCUGGAAGCCUGGAACUUGUUGUGCACCACGAGCACGAAGCUGCAGCUCCUGCUCAUGACGCCGAAUCGGGUGCCGCCCGACCAGAGGGAGUUGAUCGAGCGAAUCUACUGGAACGCGCUCCUCUUCGAGAGCGACCUGCUGGCCGAGCUGGAUCUGCCGCACUCGGGAGUCGUGGCCUUUGAGGAGAACGUCGGGCUACCCUGCGGCUUCGAGGGGGAUGAACAGGAAGCGGUCGGACGAGACGACUUGUGGUACUUCUUGGCGGAAAUCGCGCUGCGGCGACUCUUGAACCGCGUCAGCCAGCUCAUCUACUCCAAGGACUCGAUGGCAUCGACAACCAGCCUGGAGCCGGUCGUUGCCGAGCUGGACUUCCAGCUGACCCAGUGGUAUGAGAGCCUGCCGGUCCCGCUGCAGUUCCCGUUUACGCGCACGAUGCUGCCGGAUCCGGUGCAGACGGUGCUGCGAUUGCGCUUCUUUGCCUGCCGAACCAUCAUCUACCGGCCCUACAUCCUCGCCGUUCUGGACAACGAGCAGGCGAUACUGGACCCUGCCGUGCGGGACAACUGCACCAAGUGCCUCGAAGCCUCCAUCCGGCAAUUGGAGCAUAUCACGGCACAUCACGCCGGGCAUAUGCCGUACCUCUGGCAGGGCGCCCUCUCCAUAGUCUCGCAGACCCUCCUCGUCAUGGGCGCCACCAUGUCACCCUCGCUAUCCACCAUUCUCUGGAGCCUCGUGCCGCAUCGCGAGGCUAUCGACCAGAUCAUCAAUGAUGUGGUCAUGGAGAUCGAACGCUACGCCGUCCUCUCGCCGAGUCUGAGCCUCUCGGCCGAGAUCAUCAAGGAAGCCGAAGUCAGGCGACGGGCAUUCCUUAGCGGUUGAGCAGCGUCUGGGUCACCCCCCGUCAGGAACCCCCGCCUCCGGGCAUGCGUGGCCUUGAUCGCCGAGCAGUGUCUGUCAUCAGUCUACCAUGCAACACGAACUCGUCCACGCUCCCGGACGCCAGGGAAAGACUAGGGGCUGCCUGCUUCG